CAGGCUGAGAGGAGCGAUGAAGAUUACACCGGACAGCAGCCCCUUUUUUGUGCUGAAUGUGGGCGCCCCUGUGGUACCCUGCUUGUAGACCUCAGCUUGGCCGCGAACACCAUCCGUCGAGAUGAGCUGCUGAACGUUGUUCGCCACACCGACGGGGCUGAUGCAGUCUUCCGAUGGCUGGACUUUGCGACCAAGUCGCAAGGGCUUCCAGGCGAAGGUAUGCCCAGCGGUAUUGCUGGACCUGCCAGUCCAACAAGGUCACUGGGGUUGUUUGUCCUGGAAGAUGUGGCUGAGGAAUCGGAUGAGGCAAAGUGGUGCUUUUGCUCACAACACUGCCGGGGGAGGUUUCUCCCCUUGCCCAUGGAAGCAUCACCGCUGCUGCUUGCAGCCAGCAAGCUCAUUUUGAGGGCGGCCUCAGAAGGCUCGGGCGAAGUCCUAAUGGCACAGUGUCAUGGCUGCGACUUUUCUCACGAUGGAGCCUCCAUGUCAGUUCUAGAUGUGCAGUUUCUUUCAUGCUAGGGGCAAGAAGCUACUAGGGGGGCUCCUGGCAUCGCUACUUUGGGAAAGAUGUUUGUUUGAUCUCAACCUUCAGCCGUCCAUGCUCGAGGCUUCAGCCGUUGCUGCAAUGCGUGUCCAGGCCGAAGCUCUUGAUGAGCCAUGGUUCGGUGAAACGCAGCUGGCUCCGUUUG